AUGGUCAGGAUCGGGACAACGGUAAUGAUAGUAUUAAUCCUAUUAAGAAUCGGCCAACCCUCGCCGUCAGCGCGGCAGGCGCCCGCCCAAGCCCAGUCCUCGGACCCGGUUCGCCGCCUGUUCCUGCUGGGUCUCGGGGCGCCCGGGGUGGGCACCUGGAGCUCGCCGGAUGAGGACAGGAGGCCGAGGAAGCCGGUUCUGGGGACAGGGGACGGGGACCCGGGAACCCGAAGGCGGCGGCAGGACGUGUCGGAGCAGGACCCCAGGCCCGGGGACGACUUCGUCGCGAGCCCCGAGAUUGCCGAACCUCCAAGCCCAGCGGGCAUCCGAGCGCAGGACCGGGCGCCCAGGCACCGCCGCGCGCCCCCCGCCAGGAUGCCGGUGGCCCCAGCGCCCUCAGCCGACGGAGAGCCGCUGCGGGAACGCGAAGGCGGCCUUCCGCUGCACCGGCAGCGUCCACACUGGCUGGAGCUGAAUACCUGGAUGAAAGUGGAGAGGCUGUUGGUGGAGAAAUUACAUCAGUCGUUUUCCUUGGACCAUUAA